AUGCCGAGCAUCAAGUGUGUGGUGGUGGGUGACGGAGCCGUGGGCAAGACAUGCCUGCUCAUAUGCUACACAACUAAUGCCUUUCUCAAGGAGUACAUCCCCACAGUGUUCGAUAAUUACAGUGCCCAAAGCGCAGUUGUUGGUCGCACAGUGAACCUGAACCUGUGGGAUACAGUGGGCCAGGAGGAAUAUUACAGCCUCCACACACUCUCCUACUCUCAGAUCAAUGUCUUUGUCAUCUGUUUCUCCAUAGCCAGCCCACCCUCCUACGAGAAUGUGCGACACAAGUGGCAUCCAGAGGUGUGCCACCACUGCCCCGACUUGCCCAUCCUCUUGGUGGGCACCAAGAAAGACCUGAGAGCCCAUCCUGACACCUUACAACGCCUUAAGGAGCAGGGCCAGGCACUGUGCGCUACCUCAAGUGUUCUGCCCUGCAGCAGGAUGGCGACAAGGAGGUGUUUGCUGAGGCUGUCUGGGCUGUGCUCAACCCCACACCAGUAA